UCCUCUUCGUCAUCGCUGAUGUCUCCCUGCUGUGUCUCACUGAGUUAACACCGACCGACCGCACGUCUUCACCUGCCACUGAAACUACAGCAACAUGGCGCACUUCUAAGAGGACUCUCCUGUUUAAAAUGUGGAUUAACCAGCGACAGGUAACACAGUGAAGCACCACCUGUGCCGCUGCGGGGGAAAUGCAGGACGAAAGCGGCAAAGCAGCACCCGGGAGCCCCGCUGGAGCAAGUGCACCCACCGCGCAGAAUUCAGUACACUUGAACGGGCAUACUGUCGCUCAAAAUGGCCACAACUCCACAGCUACGCCUGCACCACAGCCACAGUUUGACUCCCGGGCCUCGAGUCGUGCACCCUCUCCAACUCCGAUUGUCCAGAGGGAGCAGUGGGGAGGGAAGUACGAGUUCCUGCUCUCCUGUAUCGGAUACUGCGUGGGACUGGGGAACGUGUGGCGGUUCCCGUACCUUUGUUACCGCAAUGGAGGAGGUGUGUUCCUCAUCCCCUACUUCAUUAUGCUCUUUGUGACGGGUGUUCCUCUCUUCCUCAUGGAGCUAAGUUUAGGCCAGUACGGAGCAGCUGGUCCCAUCACUGUGUGGAAGUGCUGCCCUCUGCUCAAAGGUAUUGGCAUAGGGAUGCUCUGUGUGUCCAUACUGGUGUGCCUGUACUAUAACGUCAUUAUAGCGUGGACGUUUUACUACCUGUUCAGCUCGUUCCAGAGCCCUCUGCCCUGGUCCUGUGAAGCUUUCGCCAACGCAGGUCUCUGCGGAAACAGCACCACCGGCAAUAAAAGCCUCAGCCCCACUGAAAAAUUCUGGAAUGAGCGUGUGCUGGGUGUUGUGCACAGUGCGGGCCUCCACGACCCGGGCCCUGUCCGGUGGCCCUUGGCACUGUGCCUUCUGGCUGCCUGGAUCAUCAUCUUCCUGUGUAUGCUGAAGGGCAUCCGCAGCUCUGGCAAGGUGGUUUAUGUAACCGCUACCUUCCCAUACUUUGUGCUCAUUGUUUUAAUCAUCAGAGGAGCUACACUGGAGGGCUCUCUUCAGGGCAUUGCUUUCUACCUCACGCCAGACUGGAGCCAAUUAUCUAAUGCACAGGUGUGGAACGAUGCUGCCUCACAGAUCUUCUACUCCUUAGGUAUUGGGGUUGGAGGGCUGCUUUCUAUGGCCUCUUACAAUAAGUUUGACAACAAUGUCAUCAGGGACACUUUGAUCAUCACAACAGGAAACUGCAGCACCAGCUUCUUUGCUGGAUUUGCUAUUUUCUCAAUCCUGGGUCACAUGGCAUGGAAGAAGGGAGUGCCUGUCGGAAAGGUGGCGGAUACAGGUCCUGGACUGGCCUUCGUUGCUUACCCAGAGGCCCUUGCUCUGUUGCCAGGCUCUGUGUUUUGGUCCAUCAUGUUCUUCCUCAUGCUGUUCAUGCUGGGGAUCGAUACGCUGUUUGGCAACAUGGAGGGCAUCACUACGGCCGUGCUGGACGAGUUUCCACACCUCAGAGCAAACACGCUGCACAAGUCCUUGUUCUUGGGCGCUCUGUGUUUCUGCUUCUACCUGAUGGGUCUCCUGUUAGUGACUAAUGGAGGGAUUUACUGGUUCACUCUCAUUGACUCCUUCAGCACUAGUUUCGGCCUCAUCAUCAUCACCCUCUUCAUGUGCAUCGGCAUCUCCUUCUUCUACGGAGUGAACCAGUUUUGUCAGGACAUCAUUGAUAUGAUCCGUCACUGCCCUCCCUGGUGCACCAAAGUGCUGCUUUACUUCAAAGCAUGCUGGGUUUUCUGCACUCCGUUUCUUCUGCUGUUCAUCCUGACCUACAUCUUCAUUGAGAUGUACAGAACAUCGCUCCGCUACGGCUCCUAUGUGUAUCCACUGUGGGGUAAAGCGCUGGGAGUGUGCAUGGGGGCGACCUGCUGUCUACAGAUCCUCAUCUGGGCCAUCGUGGCCAUCAGCAAGGAAACUGGAACACUGAGAGACCGUUUCAAGAAAUCGAUUCGACCUCUGAAUUCCUGGAGGGUGAACAACUUGAACAGCACCGGCAGAGUGGAGGAGCGCGUGGAACCUGAGAGGGUGGAGGCUCCAUUCACCGUCACGCUCACAGACAUGGACUUUACUGCGAUGACGUGGGAGAUGGGGAGCCAGGCGUGACGGCACCGGAGAGCAGUGAAGAACGCUUAGUGAUGAACAAACUACGUUGUCAAGAGACAGAGGAAUUUAUUUUUAUUUGUGAUGUACAUAAUUCGCCCCAGCUAGGCUCUGGUGGCCGCGUCUGAGCAGACGGUGUCCUGCAGGGCAGUGUGGAUUAUUGCUGUAUUUAUAUCAUUAUUGACAUUCAAAAUGUAUUUUUUAACUUUUUUUUUAAUUUACAUCAUGUAGAAUGUAAGGUUACAAGUUUGGAUCAUCUUCCUCUUAGAUGGACAUUUUGGAUGAUAAUGAUCGAGCAGGACAUCUGCUGAUCUUAUUUAUUAUCAUGGUAGCAUAGUGCAAUUCAUUUUGACUGACAGCAGUCAUUAUCAAGUUUUAAUUCAUCGUGUGCGACGAGGAGGGACAGAGACUGCAGUGACUCUGGAUCUUUACCUUCAACGACCUCUGAUGGACCCGCAGAGGCGACCACAGAUCAUCAGCCUGCCAGAAUAAAUGAGUCAGGAAUACUUUUAAUCCAUUUAACUUUUUUAAAAAUUACGAUUGCUAGAAUUACCGCUAGAAUAAAUAAAUACAUUUUAAGAACUUGCCAAAGGAACUUCUAAGCACUGUCUGUAUAUGUCUGAACUCCUGCAUUUCAAAGAUUCAGCAGAAAAUUCCGACAUAUUUACAUUCUUUCUAUACAAGUAUUGUAGAAAUCCUUUUUAAGCGGGACUAACUAUCCUUUCUCAUCAUAAAAAAACUAACUACACACAUGUUGGUUUUAGUUUUUUAAUGUUUACUCUGCUUUGAUGGUUCUUCAAUGUCAGUUUCCCCUCUGCUAUUUAUUAUAGAAAGCCCUCCCUAAAGGUCCACUGUGUAGGAUUUAAGGAAAUAUAUUGGCAGAAAUGGAAUAUAAAAUAAUAACUGUGUUUUUUUUAGUGUGUAAUCACCAGAAAAUAAGAAUCGUCCCGACCUCCUGAACACUGAAGGUAUCUUGACCAAUAUUUUAUGAUCAGCAGAAGGCUGAAGUUUCAACUGGUUGCAAUCUGCAGAUCUCUCCACUGGAUACCACAUAAUCUUACACGCUGCUCCUUUAAGUCACUGCAUAUCAUUGUGAAAUGUAUUAUCUGGAGAGGCGCUCAUAGAGUAAAAGACAAUGACUGAUGUCAUUGCAUCACUCUUGAUUAUGUUUCAUAUCUUUCAGAGGCUGCAGAUGUUGCACUGAUUUAACAGCCUGCUAGGGGAACCAGUUGUUUAAAUGUUAUUUAUUGGCAAAUUGACCACAUUUUACAACAUUUAACAACUAUUUUUACGAGACCCUUUGCUACCGAUGAAAUUUAACUUGGGACAUAAAGGGACUAAUCAUAUGAAGAAUUUCAAAAAAGCUUCACCCAGAUAACACAGCUUACUUGAAAACAUCUGUCGAAUGAAUGUGUUGAUCUUUUGAAGUGGGUGGAUUAAAUAGACUGUCCCAUAUAAAGAACAUUUGUUAACCACUUCUUUCACAGAUGACAAACAUUUUGGGAUCAUCUUGAAUGUCUAAAGAUUUCAUUCCCCAGGGUUUGUUUUCCCAGGCUGUUUACUUAAAAAUGGUUUCCAAGAGCAUGUGCUCUCUUUAGUGUCCUAUUGCCAAUAAGUAGGACGAUGGCAGAUAAAAUAAAACCUACCAGUCAGCAAAGUUUGCAUUUUUAAAAGUCUCUCUAUCACGAGUACUUAAAUAAGGACCAUUGUUUUCUCUCUAAAACCAUCUUUCAAGCUGGAUCACUACUUUAAAACCUUUGAUUAGGAAUGUUUUUUUUUGUCUUAGGAUUGUAUGUCAUGUCAUGAAACUCCUCUAAUUUUAACAAAUUGUUUUGCCUUUUUUACACACUGCAAUAUGCUAUUCUCCUGCAUAUUGCUCCGCACGAUUGAAUGCUGAUAUUGUCUUCA